CACAGCAAACCGGAAGUUGGAAAAACGUCUAGAAGAUUCAAACAUGCCUGCUGAGGAAGAAUCUUUCCCAAGAGGGGGUAUCAAUAAGAAAGGAAACAAAGCAAAGGAACUGACAACUCCUGUUGAUAAAGAUCUUUUCAAGAGUGAUACAACAGUAGAUGGUGCCGCUAUUAAUAAAAGGAAGAGGAAAUCACUGAAUGAAGAAGCAAGCGGAGAAAAGAAAGCAAAGAUAGUAGGCUCUGGUAUAGGAAGUCAGCAUGCAAGAUUUGAUAGAUUUAUUGAACCCUUGUCUUAUCAGAAUGUCACAGAGGGGUCUUUAUUGUAUGGCUGUGUUAAGGAAGUACAUGACUAUGAGCUGUCAAUAGGCUUCGCCAAUGGACUAACUGGGACACUAAAAAUCAACAACAUUUCUGAUGCAUAUACUGAACUACUCAGAAAAAUCACAGAAAGUGACAAAGAGGAAACAGAAUCAGAUGAGCUUCACAGUCUACAUGAUCUUUUCCACAUGGGGCAGUUUCUCAAUUGUAAAGUUCUGCAAGUCGUCUCUUCCGGGCAAACCAAGAAGAAACAUCUCAAGUUGACUAUUAAUCCCAGAGAUGUGAACAAGGGCCUAACUGGGGGGAAUCUCAGAAAUAAUAUGGUACUACAAGGAUGCGUAUCCAGCAUUGAGGACCAUGGUUACCAAAUUGACCUUGGUAUUGUUGGCUCAAAGACGUUUCUCACAAAGAAAGCAGCAAAGAAACUUCUUUCAAAAUUGUCAGAUGAUAAGCUGAUGAUAGGUCAAUCAAUAGCAUGUCUGGUAGAAGGCUAUGAUAAAAUGGCAGCAGCUACGGGUGAAGUGAGGACCAUCAAUGUUAACACCAACCCAAAGGAUAUCAAUAAAGCAGUAAUCCCAGAUGAGGUUCACUUUGCCUUGAAUGCAUUGCUGCCUGGUACAAAGGUCGUCUCAACAGUAAAAAAGAGCUUUCAAGAUGGUAUAAGUGUGAAGUUCUCAGGUUAUACAGGGCAUAUUCAUUCCUCCCACCUUCCUAAAGAUCCCACCCUCUAUGAUAAUGGUGUUGAGGUCACGCCCAUUGUGCUGUCAAUCAACUCAACAACAAAGGUGGUACACAUGUCACUCAGGUCAAAACUGGUCAAAAGGGAGGAGCCAACUCUGCUAAGCCAAAUAUCUGUUGGUCAGAUCUUUGAUGAGGCAGAGGUUACCAAAGUGCAAAAGAAACUUGGAGUGUACUUUAAGUUGAAUGAUGGCCUGGCAGGAUUUUCAUAUAUAAAGAAUUUACAUGACAAGCCAGUACAGGAUGUUAACAAGGCAUUCCAAGUGGGAUCUAAACACAAAUGUAGAGUGAAGAGCUUUAAUCCAAUAGAUGGCCUCGUUGUAGUGUCUCUGCAGGAGAGUUAUCUGGAUCAGGCUUAUACAUCUUACAAUGACAUAGUACCUGGAGACAAAAUAAAGUGCAAAAUAAUGAAGGUGUUGGACAAAUGUCUUAUUGUGUCAAUCACCAGUCACAUAACGGGUGUCAUACCUCCUCAGCAUUGGGCAGAUGUUCCCAUUAAGAAUCCAUCGAAAAGAUUUUCAGUGGGAGAUACAUUGAAAUGUCGGUGUCUCACAUGUGACCCUGGCAACAAGAAGAUUUCUCUCACCAACAAGAAGUCUCUUGUGAAGACAAAGCUGCCUCUGUUGACCGAUUACUCUGUGGCCACAAAGGGAAUGGUAACUGAGGGAUAUGUGAUGAAAAUCCUUAAAAAUGGAGUCGUGGUUGGAUUUUAUAAUGGAGUAAAGGGAUUUGUACCGAAGAAGGAGCUGAGUACAGAGAUCAUAGAGCUUCCUGAGAAAGUCUUCUACCCCGGUCAGGUUGUCAAGUGUGUUGUCAUAGCAACUGAUCCAUCUAUGGACAACAAACUUAUGUUAUCAUUUAAGUUAGACAACAAGGCGUCAUUUGCUAGCAAAAAGGUGGCCCUCCCUAACAGUAUCACAAUAGGGAAGAUAUACCCCUGUGUGGUAUCAGCUAAACAGAAGACUGGCCUAGACAUUAAACUGCAAGUUUGCGGUGUGCAGCUAACUGCUUUUCUCCCAAAGGAACAUUUAUCUGACUUUGUGGAGAAUUGUGAACUGUUGUGGAACUUCUAUAGUGUUGGAGACAAUAUUGAGAGGGUGCUUUUGAUGGGAGUUACAAAUAGAAUACUGACAACCAGUCGGAAACAGUCCCUUAUCGAGGCCUCUGAGAAUGGAGAACUUGUCUGCUCCAUCACAGACAUUAAGCCUGGAAUGCUGCUACAGGGCUGUGUGAAGAAGAUCAUGGAAUAUGGUCUAUUUUUAGAAUUCCCUCAUAACAUUGUUGGCCUUGCUCCUAUAAAGUAUGUCAGUGACCGUAAGAUACCAGACUUGAAGUCCUACAUUAAUGUUGGCCAAUCAGUGACUGCCAAAGUGAUUGAAGUUGAUGAGGAAAAGCAGAGAUUUCUAGUGAGUACAAGGAUGAGUGACUGUUUCCAUGACGAAACAAAAGUAGGGCUCCAUAUAUUGAAAGAAUAUCUCAAAGAACGAAAGGUUCUGAUGGAUGAUGUUGCUAAAAAGAAAGGAGUGAAGAAAAGGCUAGCGGAGCACCCAGUAGGGAGCAUGACUCAGGUUACAGUUGUUGAGAUCAAUGACUUUGGAGCCCUAUGUGAACUAGAGAAUGGAGUCAAAGGAUUCUCCACCAUGGAACAUAUGAUAGGAAAUAAAUGCAAGGCUGGGGACAAAACCAAUGCAGUGGUGCUAUAUAUAGACAUAGGGAAUAGCACAGUUGAGCUCUCAUUGAACCAUAGUUUACUCCAAGCUUUGAAAAGCAAAAUGAAGACUGAUCGGCUCUCUAUGAUGAAGCUUGGACAGCGUGUGAAGUCUGAGGUGCACCUGAUAAGAGAUGACUAUGUGAUGGUCUCACUAAAGGGACAUAUGUUGGGGGAAAUGGCAUAUCUACCAGCAAAGAGGAAUCUGAGUGAUAAGCAGUUGAAGCUUCAGUACACAAUUGGUCAGCUUAACAAUGUUAUCAUAAAAAGUAUUGAGGACGGCUGCAUUAUCGCUAAUCUGGAGAUCCUGGAAUCUAAGGCUGAAAUUCCUGAACAAAGAGGGCGCCAGCGUCUCACAUCAGAAUCAGAGGAUGUAACCAAUGUAAUUCAACAUAAUUAUAAAGUUGGAGGGAUCUAUGAUGCAGUGAUAAAGACUGUAAAGCCAUGUCAGUUAAACAUCAGGAUAGAAGACAAGACUCCAGCUAUGGUCCAUGUGUCAGAGAUCAAAGAUGAUCCCAAAGAGAAGGAGAAAGUGUUGAAUCGUUUCAAUCCAGAUAUGAAGAUCAAAGUCAAGGUCAUUGGAUUCAGAGAAGUCAUAAGUCACAAGUCUCUGCCAUUGAGUCAUCCUAACCUGACUACAUCUCUACCUGUCUGUACAUUAAAACCAAGCAAAAUGUUGGACAUAUACAAGGUGAAGGAGGAUGCUGAGGUCCAGUGCAAUGUUGGUGAUAAGGUGACUGUGUUUGUACAGAGAUGGGAUAACUCGGCAGCAUGGGUACAGGUAUCCAUGGGUGUUAUUGGAAAGAUACCCAUCUUAAAUGUGUCUGAUAAUCCUAAGCUAUUGCAGUAUCCUAAGCGUCUGUUGAAGCAAAGCAAAUGCUACCACACAACCAUUUCUGCUCAGAACGGUGACAUGCUUUAUCUCACCAUGAAUGGACUCCCUGUCUUUCCAAAACAGGGGUGUUGCAUUAUGGGAAAAGUAACCCACAAAGAUUCAACAAAGGGAUUGUCCAUUGCCAUGUUUGGCGGCUGGCAAGGCACUGUUGCCCUCACUGAUAUGUCUGAUGCGUUUAAGAAGGAACCCUGUGAGGGCUAUACGGUUGGAAGCUAUGUCAAAGCCUACGUGCUGACAUUGGAGGGCAAAAAGUGUCAGUUGUCACUUCGAUUAUCAAGGGUACAGCCUAGUGACACAUCAAAGGUUAAAGAUAAAGAGCUCACAUCUCUGGAUGAACUGAAAGUGGGCCAAGUAUUGCAGGGAUAUGUUGGAAAAUCUACAUUUGCUGGAGUGCAUGUUAGUUUGGGUCAUGAAUUGGAAGGAGUAGGGCAACAUCCACAACUCUCCGACUUCUUCUUCAAAGAUAAAUUGAGUGAUGUCUAUAUACCUGGGAGGCUGACCGCCUGUAAAAUACUCAGUAUUGAAAAUGGGAAAGUAGCUCUGUCUCUACGCAAGAGGGAUACAGGGAAAGAGGAGUGCAUCGACCAGAAAUACAAAAAAUCAAAACGAAGGGACCCCAAGGAGAAGAAGGAAACUAAGGAGGAAGCUAAGAAGGCCAAGAGGAAACUGGAAAACACUCCUACUGUAAAAGGGAACAAAAAAGCUAAACUCAGUGAAGGGUCAGAUAGUGGAGUACAGACUGAAUCUGAAGAUGAGGAAGAGGAGACAUCUGGUGCUGAUGCUUCAAGGCUAUCACUGUCAUCUGGUUUCAACUGGAACACACCCUUCACAGCCCAGACACCGUCUGCUGACAUUGAAUCUGAAAGUGAGGCUGAAGACCAGGAUGAACUUCCAAAACCAAAGAAAACAAAAACACGACUAGAAAAGAAAGAAGAGUUGAAGCAGGAAGAAAAGAAAAUAUUUGCGGCUGAGCUGCAACUACUGAACACAGACUCAGCACCACAGUCAGCUGCAGAAUUUGAUAGAUUAUUAAUGGCUUCCCCAAAUAGUUCCGUUGUAUGGCUACAGUACAUGGCUUUCUUCUUAGAGAUGGCGGAGAUAGAUAAAGCCAGGAGUGUAGCAGAGAGGGCACUCACAACUAUCUCUUUCAGAGAAGAGCAAGAGAAACUGAAUAUCUGGGUGGCCUAUAUGAAUCUUGAGAACAUGUAUGGUAGCCAUGACACCCUCAAUAAAAUAUUCAAACGUGCAGUAGCCGGCAAUGAGGAACUGAAGGUCUACCAGCAGCUUAUAAAUAUAUAUACACGAAGCAACAAAAUGGAGGCUGCGGAACAGUUAUAUAACACAUUACUGAAGAAAAAGCCUCUGAACAUGGACAAGUCAAUAUGGAUUGGGUAUGCCAUGUUCCACUUUAAGAACGGCAAAGCAGAAGCAGCCAAGAAACUACUAGAAAGAAGUCUCAAAACAUUGGAGCAACGUGACCAUGUUGAAGUGAUCUCAAAGUUUGCCCAGCUUGAGUUUAAGUUCGGUGAACCAGAGAGAGGCAAAACAAUGUUCGAGAAUCUGGUUGCGAACUACCCCAAACGUAUAGACCUUUGGUUUGUUUACAUGGACAUGAUGACCAAACUCAAUGAGCCAGAAGCAGUCAGGAAGCUAUUUGAAAGACUAAUACAUCUAGGACUACCCGCUAAAAAGAUGAAAUCAGUCUUCAAGAAAUAUAUGGACUUUGAAAAAGUACAUGGUGAUGAAGAAACACAGAAUGCAGUUAAACGUGAAGCAAUAGAAUAUGUAGAAUCAAAAUCAAAUGAGGACACUGUAUAAAAUAAUUUAUCAUGAGGGACAUAUUCCAAAUUACAAGAGAAACCAUGUACUGCUAGAAAUAGGAAUUUUUUACGUGCAGAUAAAUUUUUAGUUCAAUUAAAAGCAUGAUUAAAACUGAUGAGAUUAUUGCAGUAUGUAACAAUAGUAUGUUGACAUGAAUAAUAUUAUCUCUGACCAAUUGGCCAGGUCAACAGAGGGUCUUAAUAUCUCAAAAGUACACAUAACAGUAAGCUAAUAUCAGGGUGGAGAGAGUUAAAUCUGAUACAAUAAUGAAUUGUUGAAAUCAUGGUAAUGUUAGAAUGUAAUAUGUAUAUGUAAUGAAAAAUAUGAUCACAUAUUUUAAUGAAAUAAAUACAUGAAUAUAUACUCG